AUGGCCACCUUACAUGAUGCGCUCGAAUGUCUAAAGCCGACAACAUGGGAUGAUGUUCCCCAAUCACCCGACGAACUCCGCAACUACAUUCGUGACAUCUUUCAUCGCGCCCGAUUAGUAGCGGAGUCACUCCCAGAUCCCCCACCAUAUGAGAACGACAGCCAAAGUGAUUCCGAUUCCUCAUCCACUCCCCGCGUUGUACCUUCGUCAGCUCGAGUCGGAGAGACAGACCCAGAAAUUACAUCUCUACAGAAGCAAUGGGGUAAGCCCAUCAAGAUGGGUGGACCCAAGGAUAAUCCCCUCGGCGUGAAUGUAUGGAAGCUCUCCGCUCACGAUGGAGGCGGGUCGUGGUUCGGGAGACGGAGCGUACAUGAGGGUAUGCCAUUUACGCGGUGGCAAGAGAAGAUCUCAUCAGAGUAUGACGAAACAUUGAAGGUUAAUCGGAAGAAAAUCGACAAGGGGCAGACUCCCGAUAAGAGCAUCCGCGGUAUUGGAGCUGAGCGAAAGGUUGAGUCGGUGGAGGUGAAGGACGAAGGCGGUUCCGUGAUCGCACAUGUUACCGUCUACCACGUUUCGGCGCAGUUUCCAAAGCCUACGGCUCCACGGGACUUUGUGACUAUGAUGAUCACGUCGGAUACCGGCUUGCGGAUCGGUGGGACUAAGCAGCCCGGCCGGAGUUGGUUGAUGAUUUCCAAGCCGUGCGAUCACCCCGACACACCGCAUAAAUCCGGGUAUACCAGAGGUGAAUAUGAGUCUGUUGAACUUGUUCGUGAGAUUCCCAGGCAAAGCACCCCUGGCACUAGCAGUAGCUCUUCCAGUGCAAAGAGUGCAAGGAAGAGCCAGGAUAGUGGAACUGCUGAUAGCUCUGAAAAUGAUCCUGAAUCGAAUCCAGUCGAGUGGAUCAUGGUCACCAGGAGUGAUCCAGGCGGCAGUAUCCCACGAUGGAUGGUGGAUAAGGGCACACCAAAGAGCGUGGGAGCAGAUGCAGCCAAAUUUGUCGAUUGGGCUAUCCAGGAAGACAAGCCUGCGAAGCGAGAGAAGAGUUCACAGGGGGACAUCAAUGUUGAGAAUCCCAAAUCUCCGGAGAUCAAGAUUGAAAACAGCCACGAUGAAGAAGAAAGCCAGUCUGAGUCGGACUCAGAAUCGGACCUCACAGACUCAGAUGUCCAUUCUCACCACGGCCUGAUUGCCAGCGUCACAGGUCUUGUCAACUCCAGUCUUGAAAGAUACGCACCAGCAGUCUUCGACUACAUCCCACACCACCAAGCACCAUCCCGCUCGGUCCCGGGCGACUUCAACUCUCACGACGAGACAGCCGACGAUGCCGAAGUGCGCAGCUUCAAAUCUUCCAGCACAAAAGCCAGUCACGGCGCCCGAUCUACAACCAGCAAAGACCCCGAACAAGCAUCGUUAGCCUCCGCCCGCUCCAAGGCAGCAACACCUAUAGUAGGCGAGGUGGUGCAAAACGACAUCCCUCCAGCCGAACUAAUGGAAAUGACCAAAAACGGCAAACUAAGCUCCAACGAAAAGGAACUCGCCAAGCUAGCCCUUCGCAAACGCGAAAUUGAGCUGAAACUCGACACGAUCCGCGCGGAUCUGGACAACAUGCACAUAUCCUCUCAAAGCGGUCUGUUGACGCCCGCGAGGGGUCUCAACACCGACAUCGAUAGCGAUACAAGCGGGAUGCUCAAACGCGCAGCGGAGAACAGAUCCGCAACGCCGAAUAGCGUUUCGCCACGGCAAAGCCAGCGACACAGCAAUAGCAGCGAUGACAGGGACCCGGUGCAGACGCAGACUUCUACGCCGGAGCCACCGCCACAGGUGCACAAAGCGGCUGCACAGCUUCUCAAUGAGGAAGCUAAGCUUUUGAAGCAGCUGCGCAAGGUUGAGGGUAGUCAGCUGAAAGUUGCUUCGAAGAUUGAGGUUCGGCAGCGGAAAGAUGCCGAACGCUCGGAGAAGUCCAAGUCUCGAUCUGAGGUCGAGGGUUUGAGGCAGGAAGUGAAGGAUUUGAAGAAAGAGGUGACUAGUCUGCGUUCUGAGCGCCAAAAGUGGGUUGAUAUCGUUGCCGCGUUGCAAGCGGAAAAUACGAAGUUGGCCGCGAGAAAUGUGGCUGAAGAUUCUACUUGA